GUCAACAGAUGAAAACAAAUAUAAAUAUUCUCAGCUCAUUCAAGUGACUUUGAGAGCCCAAAAAAAAACUCCCAUGGGCACUUAAAAAAGUGCUUUUAUGCAAGUCGCCACGCACGUACUUAUCUAAUACAGUGCAAAAUCACUUAAAAUAAACUAAUCCAGACACCUUCAUCUAAUGUAACACUUAUCAGAGUUGUCAUUCCGUCAUUUCAGGUAUUGCUAGACUCAGCUGCUGCACGAGAGAGAGAGAGAGAGAGAUGGAAGGUGGCGAAGAGGUAUGGCAAUGGCAGAUAAAGAAGAUGGCUUGGUCAGUAACAACCGUAGUGAUAAGCUGCACUGUGCUGAUACUAUGGAAGAAGCUGUGGUCGAAGCCCCGAAGGAUCCGAUCAGUUCUUCAUAAGCAAGGCAUCACAGGGCCAACACCUUCCUUCCUUCUGGGCAAUCUCUCUGAGAUUCAAAAAAUCCAAUCACAGUUCUCCAAUCUCUCCUCUUCUUCACUUCCAGACCAAUGGUUCCACUCUCUCUUCCCUUUUCUUCAUCAGUGGAGGAAGCAAUAUGGUCCAAUAUUCCUCUACUCUACGGGAAAUAAGCAGCAUCUAUAUGUGGGAGACCCAGAAUUGCUCAAAGAGUUGAAUCUGACAAGAAGCUUGGAUCUUGGUAAGCCUUCCUACUUGUCCAAGGCUUUGAAACCUAUGCUGGGAUAUGGCAUAACCAGAGCUAAUGGGGAGUACUGGUCUUUACAAAGAAACAUUAUUGCUCCUCAAUUUUUCCUCUCCAAGAUUCAGAACAUGGUGGAUUUCAUGGAAGAAUCUACGAAAGAAAUCAUGAGGAAAUGGGAGAGGUGUAUAACGGAAAGUGGAGGGAAAAUUGCUGAGAUUGUGAUUGACGAUGAUUUGAAGGCUAUCACAGCUGAUGUCAUUUGCAAAGCUUGUUUUGGAAGUUCUUAUGCUCAGGGCAAUCAAAUUUUUGCUAAGCUCGCUGCCUUGCAAGUCGUUCUUGCAAAAUCUAACUUUCUUUUUGGAUUUACGAACCUCAGGUUUCUUCCCACCAAGGAAAACAGAGAGAUAUGGAGGUUGGAGAAAGAGUUUGAGAAGCUAAUACUGAAAGUGAUCGAAGAUCGUAGGCAAGAAAAUCAGAGGCAUGUAAAAGAGAAUCGAAAGGACCUGUUACAGAUAAUUAUUGACGGUGCUGCUGACGCCGAUAUCAGUAGAUGGGGAAUAUUGAAGAAGCUGAGACGCGAGCACGAAACCAAGAAAAUGAUUGUGGAUAUGUGCUCGAACAUCUACUUUGCCGGAUCAGAGAGCACCGCUCUCUUAGUUACAUGGACGUUGCUUCUUCUGGCCAAGAAUCCUCACUGGCAAGAACGUCUUCGAUCGGAGAUUCUUGAUACCUUCCCCAACAUGCCGCCUCAUUGCUUCCAAGACAUGGACAAAUUCCGAAAGCUGAAACAAUUGACAAUGGUGAUUCAAGAGAGCCUGCGUCUAUAUCCACCGGGAUUAACAGCACCAAGGGAGGCACUGGAAGACAUAAAGAUCGGUGGAGUGGUGGUGCCAAAAGGAACAAACAUAUGGGUCUUCAUACUCGCGCUGCAUAGAGAUCCAGAGAUCUGGGGAGAAGACGCAGCUAAGUUCAGGCCAGAAAGAUUCGAAGGAGGGGUUUCAGAAGCUUGCAAGCAUCCACAAGCAUAUUUACCAUUUGGACAUGGAAGUCGGAUCUGUGUAGGGCAGAAUUUUGCUUUAAUAGAAGCCAAGAUCAUACUGUGUCUUCUUCUCUCUAACUUCUCCUUCUCCAUCUCUCCCAAUUACCGCCAUUUUCCUUCCUUCAAAAUGAUGUUGAUGCCCAAAUAUGGGGCACCCCUCCUUGUAACCAAGCUCUAGUCGUCGAAGCA